AUGUACUACAGUGUUGAGAGAUCAUCCGAAGUUCUUGUACUGAAAUUCUGGCAAGUAUCAAGAAAUCUUGAAGAAACUGGGCAUGUUCCAAUGGACACAAAGGACUCGUUGUGUUCUCAGGUUACACCCAAUAGGCAAGAAAGAAGUGAUUCUUCUAGUUCAACUGCUGCGGGAAUGAAGGAUGAAGGGAAAAUUGAUAUGAGCAGUAUAAUUCCCUGGUGCAGUUACUCGAGUACGACCAAGAGUAAUAUGAGCAAGCCUCCGAGUUCAUGUUCUUGUUUGGCUAGAAAACCUUCACCCGUCACUGGCAGUGCUCGGAAGUCCAAGAUUUCUGCUCUUCCUGAAGGGCUAUCUGUUUCUAGCAGUAGUUCAUUUUCUGCCAGGAAUACUGCUGAAGUUCAUCAUUUUGAAACCAAGAAGGAUUCAUCCUUCUGGAUUCAGCAGAAAGUGUCACCUGGACUAGGGAACCUCAAAACAAGAUUUACAUUUGAUCAUGUUGCAUGUGAAACAGUAGACCAGGAAACACUUUUCAGGAUUAUUGGUGUGGCAAUGGUGGAGAAUUCCUUAUCUGGAUACAAUUGUUGUAUGCUGCUUGCUUAUGGGCAGGCAGGAAGUGGAAAAACAUACACAAUGCUUGGUGAAAUUGAACAACAAUGUAGUAAACCUAGCUUAAAUUGUGGUAUGGUAUCCCGCAUAUUUGACUUCCUGUUCAGAAGAAUCAGAUCUGAAGAGGAAAGCCGUAUGGAUCAGAAGUUAAAAUUUAACUGUAAAUGUCCACUGUUGGAGAUCUAUAAUGAACAGAUUAUUGAUCUGCUGGACACUUCACCAACUAGCCUGCUGGUAUUUUCAGUUUUCUAUUUGGACUACUAUGAUAAUUAUAAUGAGUUAAGGUAUUGCAUAUCAUCUGAUCACCACAUUUCCUAUUUUAUGCUGCGGGAGGAUACUAAGAAAGGUGUAUACGUUGAAAAUCUUUCUGAACUAAGAGUCCAAGCUGUUGGUGAUAUUCUUGAACUUCUGAGACAGGGUUCUUUAAAUAAGAAAGUUGCAGCUACCAAUACAAACAAAGACAGGAGCCUAUCACCUAGCAUUCUUACCGGUGAAAUUCAGAGUAUGUGGGAAAAAGAUAGCAGCUGUUACUUCCAUUUUGUCAGGCUAAACCUUAUUGAUCUUGCAGGUUUGGAGAGGCAGCAAAAAGCUUUUUGCAUUGAAGCUGAGCCUCUAAAGGAGGCUUGUAUAAAUGAAUCCUUGUUUGCUCUCAGUCAUGUAAUAAAGGCUCUUGUGAAUGUGGCGAAUGGGAGUCCAAGGCAUCUGCCAUAUAGAGAUUCAAGACUCACAUUUCUACUAAAGUUCAACAAUAAAGUAUGGGUUGCUGAUUGGCUGGAUGAAGAGCUUGUUACAGAAUAUCAGAUUGGAGGUGAUUGUCAUUCCAAGACAAAUGAGAUAUUAAGGGAGGAGGGAAAGUACAGUGCUGUAGUGGCAAAGAGUUCUUUACGUGAAGAAGUUGGAUCAGAUGAUGGAGCAUUUGGAUCAAGUUGCAGAUCAACUACAAACUUCCAUAAGUUUCUUGAAGCUGAACUUGGCCAUGCGAAGGCAAUUGCAGCCGAGGAAGACACAAAGCAUCUUGCCUGGUUUCAAAAUCAGAAAAGGACCAACACACAGUGA